AUGAACUUGCUGCUGUCGGACGACUACCUGCUUCAGGACUAUCCUGAAAGCAUCACCAACACCAUACGAUCCGGCCAUGCCACGGUGGUUCGAUUCAACCGCAAGGGUGACUACCUUGCCUCUGGCCGAGUUGAUGGCGCCAUCGCUAUCUGGGAUUUGGAGACGAUGGGAGUGGCACGGAAAUUAAGAGGCCACAGGUGGAAGGCUAUUUUAUGGGAUCUUCAGGACGGCAAGAGAUUGCGCGAGGUGCGCUUUCGCGCGCCAGCGUAUAUGGCUGAGCUUCAUCCUUGGAAUCACAGCCUGCAGUUCGUUGCGUCGCUCUUCGAAGAACAACCGGUUUUAGUAGACAUGACCGACCUUGUCGAUGUCAAGCAUAUCCUUCCAUCUGUGCCCAAGAGAACGAAUUCUGAAGGAAGCGCUGCGCAAAAAGAGAAACAAGCGAAAGAAGACGCCAAAGAAAAGACGACGUCGGCUAUUUGGACCUCGACCGGCGACCACAUCAUUGCCGGCACAAGUAAGGGCAAAAUCAACUUCAUUGAUACAAAGACUUUUGAAAUCAUUUAUUCAGAGAAAGUUUGCUCUGGAGUUAUCACCACGCUGCGCAUCACUGGCGCCGGUCGCGACCUGCUUGUCAACUCGCAGGACCGCAUUAUCCGCACUUUCAGAAUACCCAAUCUCUCCGUAGACGACUUGGAUCUCGACACAAUACAAUUGCCCCUCGAACACAAAUUUCAAGAUGUCGUCAACAAGCUGUCAUGGAAUCACGUCACAUUUAGUGCGACGGGCGAAUAUGUAGCCGCAUCGACCUACAACAAUCACGAGCUUUAUGUCUGGGAACGCAAUCAUGGGAGCUUGGUAUGCAUGCUUAAGGACCCAAAAGAAGAGCAAGGGGUCAUUGAAUGGCAUCCGUCACGGGCGCUUCUCGCAGCCUGUGGAUUGGAAACAGGUCGGAUAUACAUCUGGUCCGUCAUCAGUCCUCAAAAGUGGUCAGCGCUGGCCCCAGAUUUUGCUGAAGUGGAGGAGAACGUCGAAUAUAUUGAAAGAGAGGAUGAGUUUGAUAUAUAUGCACAGGAAGAAAUUCAUCGACGACGACUUGAUGCGGAAGACGAAGACGUGGACGUCCUCACGUUGGACCCUACCAAGUUUGAUGACGAUAUCGACAGUUUUCGUAUGCCUAUUUUGUUUAACCUUGGGGAAAGUGAUAGUGAGGACGAGUUUAUUGCUGUAUCAACCGGCACAAUGAGACGUAGGAGCCCUGGCGAGGGCCAAAGCGACAUCGACGGGCCUGUAGACACGGUGACCACGAAGAAGGGCGGCACUGCCAAGGGCGGCCGGGGCAGAAAAAGAUAG